AUGGCCAAAGACGAGCUUCAGGAAGCUAACCAGCAGUCACAUCAAGUAGGAGACCGUCCAAACAAGACUGACAGCAUUGGAUCCGACGAAGUCGUCAUGAAUCGAGGGGCCAAUUUCAAAGGUCGCAAUCAAAGACAGCUUUGGGGCGGAAGCGUACAUCUGAACAGCGAUUCCCGGUAUAGGGCUCGUCCAAGAACAACACAGCAGAUACCAAGGCAGAAUGCCAAUGGGACACCAAACAGACCUGCUGCGAUGGAAAAUCACACUACUGAGGACGAUGUUCGCUGCCAAAUCAAAGGUCCGCCCAGCGCGCAAAAGACUGCAAACAAGGCUCCAUCUCUAGAGGCCCUAGACGAGUUAAAGCGUCUUCAGAAAGAGAUUGUUUUGCAAGCCCACCUGAAUCGCUACAAAGACCAUGAAGACGACACAGCAAAUCCAGAGAGCCUUGCAAAAUGCAGGGACGGUCCAGGCACCGAUCCAAAAUCAGAUGUCUACAAAAGCAUCGCAAGGUGUAGGCUCACAGCCAAUCCAAAUGCAACUUCUUCCCAUCCAGGCUCUAGUCCAGAGGACAAGUUCGAAGGAGACGUGAAUGAUAGAUACUUCGUUGAUGAAAUCAGGUCUCGCGUCCAGAAGUUUUACGCUGCGAAACUUGGUGCUCAGCGUGAAUCUUAUCAUAACAGCGUGUCCGUGUAUCCGGCCAUUGUUGACGGCCAGAUCUUUCUUUCACGCUACCCAAGUGCGGAGCAUGAACGUCCUGAGAAAACUCUAUCAAAUACUGAGCGGCAGACUGGCAGUCAGGACGGCAGUCAUAAGCCAGAGCACUGCUCCAUGGUUAAAUGGGAGGAUAGGUGGGAGCUGCGUCCUCGUGCUUGCUCUACCUAUGAAGGCUUUCGUGAUUGGUUCCGUCAUUGGUUAGAGAUGGAAACAGGCGAUAGCCCCAACAUUGACAUACACCACCAAACCUUUUUUGACGGGACGGCGCAUAUGGAUGGGAUCAAAUCUUUCUACAUUCUUGACUUGGGAGACGUCCCAACUCGUUUGGACAUGACGAGUGAAGCAACACGUCUCCAUUAUCAUGAAACGGCCGAAGGCUACUGCCACAACCUUGCAUUACAUAUGAGAGCGGCGGAAGAGGAGGCGAAGACGCGCAGAAAACAAGCUCGAGAUGCCUUCAUAGAAGGUCUGAAGGUCUGUUCUCCAAAGGAUCCGAAUAGUCCUAGAGCAAACGUCUAUCUUCGCAGUGUGGAAGACGGUGAUGUACCAGGACUGCUCAUGAUUAUGAAUUGGUACGGCCAAAAGUCAAACUUGAGUUCAAACUUAGGAACACUUGACGAACAAGACGUGCGUCAGCGAAUUGAGGAUAGCAGGCGUGCGAAAUUGCCAUUUAUUGUGGCUGCAGAGCGCAGACGAGGACCAUCCGUCCACGACACCCCGGAGAACAUUUUCGGAUAUGCUUUGGCUAGAGAUUCCUUGGGGCUUCAGACCACAGGUCGAUACACAGCGGAGCUAGAAAUUUUUAUCAAACCGGACCAAAAACGCCGAGGCAUCGGAAAAUGUCUCUUGGACAAACUGAUUGAAGUUUGUGACGUUACUUACGUUCCCAAAAGGGGCAUCUUCUACGAUGCCGGUUGCGAUGACAAGACUGGCUUUUACCCGGGCGGUUCCCGAACUCUCAAACGCCUUGUUUUUAUUAUCAGCUAUUCCGUUCCUGAGAGGUCCCAGAUCAAGUGGCUCAUCGACUGGCUGGAAAGGGAUUACCACUUUGAACAGCAAGGCGUGCUCAAGGGGGCCCGAGUCAAGUUCGAGCGAUUCCUUGAUGUCAGCUACCUUACUCGCAACGCGGGUUACGACGACGGUGAUGCAUUUCAUGCUUGA